ACCAAUCGCGCGGGCUCGGACGUGUCCAGGUCGGCGGCCCCGAGAGCUCGGCGGGCCUGGAUGCGCCGGGCGGCGGCGGCGGGCGCGGGGCUGGGCGCGGGGCUGGGCGCGGCGCGGCUCGCUUGGCCUGAGCCCCGGGCUUGGGGCGCCGCGACUCGCAGGGGGAUCCCGGGGCGCGGAGGUCGCGAGGUGUCCUCCGCACACUGCCCGGAUGACCGAACUACAGCAAGAUGUGGAAGACCCAAAGCCUGCGAAAGUGCUCGGGAAGAGAGAGAGCAAAGUUGGCUCAGCCCACUCAGAGGCUGAGAAUGGUGUGGAGGAGAAAAAGAAAGUCUGCAGGUCGCCAGCAGCCCAGUCUCCUACCCCAUCCGUGGAGGCUGAGUCCCCAGACCAGAAGAGAAUCAUUUGCCUGCGGUCAAAAUCCAGUUUUGAGGGUGCCUCUUUAGCAGGUGAUAAGAACGACUGUAAAACAGAAAGCAAAACUGACCCAAAGGCUGAAAGGAAAAAGUCUUGUUCUUCUAGCCAGUACAAAGCAAAUAUGCACUUUCACAAGUUGUUUCUCGAUGUUCCAACUGAAGAACCACUGAGGCAAAGCUUUACCUGUGCUCUACAGAAAGAAAUACUAUACCAAGGAAAGCUCUUUGUAUCAGAAAACUGGAUUUGUUUCCAUUCCAAGGUCUUUGGAAAAGACACAAAGAUCUCCAUUCCUGUUUUCUCGGUAACCCUAAUAAAGAAAACCAAAACUGCUCUUCUGGUGCCAAAUGCCCUGAUUAUAGCGACAGUGACAGACAGGUACAUCUUUGUCUCCUUGCUCUCCAGAGACUCAACUUACAAACUACUCAAGUCUGUGUGUGGACACUUAGAAAGUACAAGUGUUGGUAACAGUCCCAAUCCAUCCUCGGCUGAAAAUAGUUUCCGAGCAGACCGCCCUUCAUCUUUGCCUCUGGAUUUCAAUGAUGAAUUCUCAGAUCUGGAUGGAGUGGUCCAACAAAGGAGGCAAGACUUGGCGGGAUACAGCAGUUCUGGUUCUCAAACUCCUGAAUCUGAGAACUCUCGAGAUUUCCAUGUGACAGAAUCCCAGACAGUUCUGAAUGUCUCUAAGGGAGAAGCAAAACCAACUCGGGCAGACCCCCUUGUGAACCGAGGGCCUGAAGGAAAAGCCAAGAGUCUCCCAGCAUAUGGUCAGUCAGAAACCACUGGACUCAUACAUAAAGUCAGGCCCCAGAAAUGCCCAACUCUCCAACAUGUUCUUAUAUUCUAUACAAUUGUUGUCUGUGCACUAAUCAUCUCAACCUUCUACAUGAGGUACAGAAUCAACACUCUGGAGGAGCGGCUGGCGUCCCUGACCUCCAUUGUGGACACCCAUAAUACUGCACAGACAGCACCAUCUGGCCUGGGGUCACAAGUACAAUUAAAUGUGGAAGUCCUCUGCCAAGAGCUUACAGCUAACAUAGUGAAAUUAGAAAAGAUACAAAAUAACUUACAAAAGCUGCUUGAGAAUGGUGACUGACCGACCAGAUUUCCUGGGCCGACCUAAUACCUCAUGUUUUCCUUGGAAGACGGUGCUCCCCGAGGCGUUCUGGUUGAGCGCUCCCUGCUGGUCGGAGGCUCAGGUGGAUGAGAAUCCAGAUACCUCUGCACACUUGGAGGUCUCCAGCUCAGGACGGGGGGAAGGGGAAUAAUUUUGGUUCUUGUGCAAUAAAAGUUGACCUUGCCUCUCUGAGGAAGUUUUGCUGCUGCUGCCUGAAGAAAACAGACCCAUCUCUGGAGGUCUCAGGAAAGGCCUGAUAGACGCCGCCCCUUGGAUGAUUGAGGUUCAGCCGUUAUUGUGAUGGUGUCAGGAAACACUCCACGCCUUCUAAGUUCUCACCACCUUCCUUUUUUUCUCCUGUACAUGAACCUGCAAAGUAAGAAAUGUAUUAUAUACCAGCAAAUUCAGUGUGGUCCUUUAAAGAAUUAGCCAUGAGUAUCAGAAAGGCAAUAAAUGGCUCUAAAUGAACAGGCUUGCUUCAAACAAGUAACACCUACAUUUUGUCGGGGUUUUUUUUGGGGGGGGGGUGUUGUUUGUUUGUUUUGCUUCUGCUAUUAUGUUCUGGUUUAAAUCACAUGUGUAUAUUAAUUUCUCAGUUCAGCUUUGCCAAGAAUAGAGGGCAACAUGGAUGGAACUAUUCUGUUUAUUUUUGUUUUGUUGCUGUAACUAAUAGCUUAUUGAAGUGUUUUUCACCCAGCCCAGGCCAAGAAUCUGUGAGGCAUGGGACUGAAAUACUAAAUUAAACUUACUUUGGAACCAAAACUAAUCUUUAAGCCAAAAGGUGUAAUAGUGAUUGGAUAUAGGAUGAAAAACACUGAAUUUUUUCAGAUUGUAGGUGGAUUGUGUUAGCAGUUUUGAAAUAAGAUGUCUGUAUUCAGUGUUUGACAAGGCUGAGACCCAUUUCAGCAUGACUGUGAUAUGUUUUUCUCUUUUGCUGACUAAAAUAAAGAACUGAUGGUUGCUAACUUUAUUUACCGUAUGGGUUGGCUGGUUUUUAUUAAUAAUUAUUUAGGGUACCAUUAGAUCUGUAAGUAUAAAUGAUAUUCUGUUUCUAUCUACAAUGCAUUUUAUAAUCAUUUCUAUGAAAAGUAUUUUGUUUAAUCAGAUAAGCUAAUAAGAGUGAAUUGGUUACAUCGUUUGUAUUUUUUAGCCUACUGGCCAAUAGCUGUGCCUGGUGCACCACUGGCUUUUAAUAAAUACUCAUUGGUUAAAAUGCCCUGCUAA